AUGCGUCUCCCUGGCUUCGUUGUCGCAACAGCGGCCGCAGCAGCGACAGUGUUUGUUGCGCUUGUCGAAGCGCAAGACACAUCGAUCAUCCGCGGCGAUGGCCCUCCUGCUCCCAGUCUGACACGCACCGCAGCGCUCGGCAGCUGGACUCCCAAGGCAUCCUCGGACGGCCUGACGAAGCCGUCCUUGACCGGGAUGGGUCGCACCAUCUACAUCAACAGCGCCAGCGACUUUUGCUUGCUCAUGCCGCCCGACCCGACCACGCAGAACCUGGUCGAUGCCGAGGCCAUCGCCACAUCUUACUGCAUCAAUCCCAUCAACGGAACGCGACCCAUGCCCGAUGGAUUGAUCAAGACGGCGCACUUCCGUCGCACUCCCGAAUACGUCCAGAUCUCCGGUACGUACGAUCCUGCGGUGAUGAACCUCGGCAGCAACGAUUGCGGAGGCGAGUACGAUUCCGAAGGCGCCGAAGGCGUCGGCAACCCUGUCGGUGUGACGAUGCGCAACGGCAGCUACUUUUCGCAGUUCAUGGGUGCGUGCGAUAUCCCCGGCAGCCCCGUCUUCUGCCUUCGUAUGUGCCCCAGCUACGAGUACUGCCGCAACACGUUCGACCUGAUGGGCUGUUUGUGGACUCAGCCCGGAGACUACGACCAGCCGCAGGCGUUCACCAACUGUGACGCCAACGCGGACCUGCCCACCGGAGUGUACAACAGCAGCUACACCUUCAGCCAAGGUAUGAGCGUGACGCCCCCGCCCGUGACCGCUCCUGCAUCGUCCAAUUGCAAAACCGUCGCUUCUCCCACGGCAAGCGGAGUCACCUACUCCUGGAACCAGGUGGCUGCUGCUUCGCCGGCCGCUUCAUCGACGAGCAAGUCGAACGGCGGGUCGUCGGGCUCUACGAGCGGCAGCAGCAGCGGCGGAGGCAGCAAGAGCGGUGCUGCUUCCGCUUUGGGCCCGGUAAACGUGUACGCCCUCGGUGUCACCGUCCUGCUUGGUGUCGUCGCGGGCGGGGCUCUGCUGGUGUAG